UGGUUGUGAGUACAACCGAUAACGAAGUAGAGGUUCGCGCGAAAGCCCGCAGUUCAGGUUUAGUUUCAGUUCAAGAUUCACAAUUUACCUAUUCCAUAUUAUCCUUGCAUUACAUUAAUAAAUAUUUAUUUAGUGAGUUAAAAGAACGAAAAGUUGUAAAAAUGGUAAAACCUUUGGAAAAAGCUGGUUGCUUGGAACUUCGCACCGCUGGUUUAAUUAUUGGCUGGCUAGGAGUGUUUGGAAGCAUUUUGUAUUUUUGUAUAGCGACUGUUACUUUGGUAAAAGCGGUUAAGGAGGCUGAUUAUGUGGCAGCAGAAAAUGGCGAAGUGGCAAGAUCACAUGACCAAACCGAAUCUGCAGUUUUCGUACUUGGCGGUACCCUAAUCGGUGUUUUAAUCUUGGGUGCUGUGGUAUCAGGGUUACUUAUAUACGGAAUCAACCAGAACCGACAUUCUAUGUUGCUACCCUGGUUGGUGUUAAGUACUUUUAGCCUUGUACUCAGCUAUUUCCAAUUGUUGGGAGCCUUGUUUGACUUUGUUGCUUUUUCACACAGCUUUCCACUCUUCUUCUACCAAGUUAUUUCUACUGGUCUAAAUAGCUACAUUUAUUAUGUAAUAUACUCACUAUACACACAUAUGAAAAUGGAUAGCGGAAAGGGUCGCGUAUUAACUCCAGCACAAGCAGCAGCAGUACCAUUGCAACCUGCAUAUUCUAACUAUGAUAAAGUCUGAGUUCGGGAGAAUUCCGUCUUUGCUGUGCGUGUAUGGGAACUACCCAAUAGCAAUUCGCGUCACCAUAAAAGGAUGCCAAAUACCAGAAUAUACAUAUACUAUUGAUGUUUAGUUACAGUUCCAAUAUCUAUAUUAUAAGACAAGUUGCCUUUACUUACGGAAAAUUCGCGUUUAUUCAACGCUUUUUUAUAACUUAAAACCUAACUAAAACAAAUAAUAAAAAUACUCAAGAUGUUCCUUGCCAACAACUAUUUUGCCAAUAAAUAAUAUUAAUCAAUAAA